AUGUUGCUCUCAUCGCAUGUUGAUCCUGAUGCUAUCAUCAAACAAUUUCGAGAAGAUCUCGACAAAGAACAGGAGCGGGAGGCUUCUAACAUCUUUACCUCAAGUGCGGUCUCGUCCGUAACGCCGUAUUCAACGAGAUAUUCCAGCAAAGAGGAGAUACCUAAAUUCAAGAUCCCUAAGCUGGGUGCUCGCGCAGAUGCGGUGCACCAUAUGCUGAGCAAUGAACUCGAUCUAGAUGGUAUUCCGAAUCUGAACAUGGCAAGUUUCGUUGGUACUUACAUGGACCGAGAAGCAAAUCAGCUUGUUGUUGAGAAUAUCAGUAAGAACCUAGCGGAUGCAGAUGAGUAUCCUGCGUUAAUGGCUAUACACGCAAGAUGUAUAUCCAUAAUAUCCAAUCUAUGGAACCCACAACCAGGAGAAGAAGCCACCGGAUCUGCGACAACUGGGUCCUCUGAAGCCAUCAUGUUGGGUGGGCUGGCCAUGAAAAAGAACUGGCAGCGGAAACGUAAGGAUGAAGGAAAAGACACCUCUAAUCCAAAUAUUAUCAUGGGAUCGAACGCUCAGGUAGCUCUCCUGAAGUUCGCCAGGUACUUUGACGUUGAAGCUCGAGUUCUGGAUGUAUCCGAGAAGAGCCAAUUUCGUCUCAACCCAGAGUUGAUCAAGAAAAAUGUGGAUGAGAAUACCAUUGGGAUAUUUGUAAUCCUUGGAAGCACCUAUACUGGCCACUACGAACCUGUCGAAGAGAUCUCUAAUAUCCUGGAUGGCAUACAGUCCGAAACCGGUAUAGAUAUCCCUAUUCAUGUUGAUGCUGCCAGCGGUGGAUUUGUUGCACCAUUCACUGACGCAGGGGCUGGAGGGCCAAAAUGGAACUUCGAACUUCCUCGAGUGAAGUCAAUCAAUACAUCCGGACAUAAGUACGGCCUCGUGUAUGCGGGACUGGGUUGGAUAAUCUGGCGAGACCGCUCCUAUCUGCCAAAAGAGCUCAUCUUCGAGCUUGAUUACCUCGGGAGCAGAGAGGAGACUUAUACGUUGAACUUCUCCAGGCCUGGAGCACAGGUAAUUGGCCAGUACUAUAAUCUGAUCCGCCUUGGGUUCAAUGGGUAUCGAGAAAUCAUGGAAAACUGUUUGGCAAAUGCAAGACUGCUGAGCAAAACUUUGGAACGGACUGGAUGGUUUGUCUGUUUGAGCGAUAUCCACCGGAAAAAAGGGGAAUUCUACCACCAGCAUCUGAACAAAAUUACGCCCUAUAAGGAGGACGAAACAUCUGCUGACUAUAACGCUGGUUUGCCAGUGGUAACAUUCCGAUUCUCAGAUGCAUUCAAGGAGAAUUAUCCCCACGUGAAGCAAGAGAGUAUAAGCCUCCUGCUGAGGUCGAAGCAGUAUAUAAUUCCCAACUACCCCUUACCUCCCAAAGAGCAGAAUACGGAGAUUCUGCGGGUGGUUGUCCGGGAGAGCAUGGCCGCAGACCUUAUAGACAAGCUUGUGGCAGAUAUUGCUGCAGUCACCGAGAGGCUGAUGAAAUCCGACCCUGUCGACCUGUCUGCACUCCAGACAGGCCCAACCAACCUUGAACGGCGCCGUGUAAGAAACAGAGAGCAUCCUCACAAGGUCUCAAAGCGGCCAAGCGGAAAGAAAGAAAAGGCUGCUGGCCAUCCGAUGAGAAGUGGAAUCCACCGCUCUGUUUGUUAGGGCGUAGAUAGUGCAGAGGGAAGAUAGUUGAUGAAGGAAUGAACAGAUACGAUUGAGAAUUCUUGUGGAGGAAUGAGAGUCUUGUGGCAGAAGUAUAGGGAAUGCCUUGCUGAAUGAAAGGAAGUCGUUCUUGUAUGAAAGUUGUUGAGUGCAAAUUCAAUCAACCACAGUGCCCGUAGCUAUAGCUUAAUGGGAAAGGCAGUUGGUUAUAAAGUUCGAUUAAUCUAACCAUUGGUUGUCUCGAAUCUUAUGUAUCAUUUACUCCAUACUCCGUACAGUCCCAAGCAGAAGAGAUGAGGAUGUGACCGUGAGAUGGUGGCCUUCUUUUCUAUGCACAUCCCGGACUAUCAAAAGCUUCGAUUCUCAGGGGCUGCAGCGCCAGCCACUCAUCGUGCGCACCGUCGACAAACAUGAAACGACACGAGUCACUCCACACCACCAACAGAUUUAUUUCCUGGGGUGAAAAAGGGGAAUACACGAAUAGAAUCAUGAUCCCUCAUAUUCAUUCUUUGCUUCGACAGCAUGUGGCCGCUAGGUCCGUUACCCACGUUCCCACUAAAAGCGUGACGGCGCACCAUGCCAGGCUUCGACCUACCAGGAUACCAAAUGAAGAGCGCCACCAGUGAACAGAGAUUGGCCACCGAUAUCCAGGGGCAACUCACUCAAUACCCAUUACAUGUUAUAAUAUCCAGUGUGAAGUGAAGACAAGCAUUGCCGGAAGCUUAGCAUUGGGCCUCUGCAGCCAACGGGAGGCCUCAAAGGUCACUCUCAGGCCCGGAAUAGGCCAGCUAUCAAAGACUUAAGAUGGAGUCACUGACGCAGGGGACGCACCCUAGCGUGAUGAUCGAGUUAAUGAAUGUUCGCAGAGGGAGGGAAGCGCCGUCACAAGCGGCCAGCUGGUGAAAGAACUCGUUGUUGGUGGGUAUAUAUACCGGUCGAGUUAUCCUGGAUCUGAAAAUGUAUCUUCCUCCUCUUCUUUCCAUCAACAGCUACAAGCAUCAUCAGCGACGGAUUCUGCUGCAUACAGACUUGAACAAAGACAAACGACUUAUAGAGCACUUUCAACAUGCGUUUCAUUACCACUACGAUAUACCUUCUCCUUGUAUCUUACACCUCUGCCAACCCAGUUCCCAAGGACGACUGCAAUGAUGUCCCAGCAGCUCCAAGCACUCUCCCUGCACCACCUCCACCGGCCCCAUCUCAGGCUACUUUCCACCCAGUUGGGACACCUGGCCCAUCA